AUCAAUUUUAACGAUUGCCACAUAGGAUGGAUAUGGUUUGUCCUUGCUCUUUCGUUUUAAAGGACACUUUUACUUGUAGAAAUAUUUUAGAGAACAGGAAGUGGUUUCCUUUAGCGAGAAUUCCAUUACAAGCUUAUAGACACGUUAGAAGAAACCAGCCCAAUUUGUCAGAUGUCCGACACUUGGUUUUUCUUUCUGCAAAUGUUCUUCGUGAAUUGCAAAUAACUUCAGGAGGCUGGGUCUUGGUAUGGAAAAGAAGUGAAAAGGGCGCUGAACCUUUACAAUUUGCAAAAAUAUUGGCUACUGAACUUGUAUUUGAUGUGACACUUUCGGAAUACACUUUUUCGUACAACGUAAAAAAGGUUGCUUUUCUUUCUCCUGGUUUAUUCUUCUUUACUCGUGGCGCAGACUUGAUUUCCGUAGAGACUUUACAAAGAAGAAAAUCUUUAACUCCAACUGAUGUCUUUCCAUUUUCGUUGUACAGCCGCAAGCUUCCCACUGCUUCGGAAAUAGCAGUCGCAAGAGUAAAAAAUGCGAAACCACUGAAAGAAUGGGAAGAUCUUUUUGUAAGUUUCAGCUUGAAGAAAUACUUUCAAAAACCUAGGCUAUUAAGGCAAGGUGAAGUCUUUGCGAUCGUUGCAACUCAUGAGCUGUUGUUUGAAUGGUGCCAUUAUUCUCUUGCACUAGAAAAAGUUCCCCUUAUGAAUAAGAUAGACUUUUACGAAUAUUAUAUAACAGAUAUGGGUAGGAAGAUUUUCUUUUUUCGAGUAGAGAAGUUAUCGUUGGUUGGCUCUGUUACUUGUGUUGAAGAACCAGCUCUAAUAGAUCCAGAACUUACCAAAGUUUCGCAAAUUUCCGGAGUAUGCUCAAUGAUACCUCUUGACCUGCAUUUGUUUGCACUUCAAGAACAACACUUAAAGGAAAAUGUGGAAAUGUUAUCGAGACACUCUUCAUGCAUGAAUCCAGCAUUAUUCUCUAGUUUAAAGUUACUUUUGGAGAAUCAUCUAAUGAAGGAAAAUAUUGUCAGCAUCAUGUGGAAAACAUUUAGUUGUGGUAUUUUGCUUUACGGUUCAGACAAUGACAGUAAGAAUUUUCUUGUUCAAGACGUUUCCUAUAGUUUGGGACUGCCCGUUUUUGAUAUUGAUUGCCUGCGCUUUUUUGAAUCUAUGGAGGCUCAACAUAACGGUUUCUCUCAUUUGGAACAGUUCCUUAGUUUGUUGCAUGAACGAUACUUAGAGUUUCAACCUUGUGCUUUAUUGCUUCGAAAUCUUGAUGUACUUGACAUGAGUUCUGAUAGGAUAAGCAUGAGCUCUACAAAAACCAAUUGCAAAACGAGAUUAGUGAGUAAACUGGAAGCAUUGAUGAAGGAUCAUCGAAAUAGACAUUCGUUCAAGUGUAAUGAUUCACAAAGUUCUUCAAUUGUAUUUGCUACGUGUGAGAGAGCAGAGGAUUUGGACCCUCAAAUACGAUCUUUAUUUGUUUAUGAAUUGGAAGUCUCUGUUCCCAGCGAAGAUGUACGCAAACAAUACCUAGAAACUCUUUUGCAUAAAGUGCCAAUGGUUGAUAGAAACUCAUUAGAAUUUGCGAUGAAAUAUAGCAAGGCAUUGCGUUCGUAUUCAUCUAAGAUGUUAUAUUUUUGGUGUUCUCAAGUUGCACUGAAUUGCUUAACAAGAGUUGGAAUAGAAAAGGACCCUUGUGCUCUUUCGGAAGACGCAGUGGUGACAGCAACAAAGAAUAUGGAAGAACGAACAAAUAUGUCUAUCAUAAAAACAAGUUUAAGAGUACCGAAGAUUACUUGGAAAGAUAUCGGUGGUUUGUCUAAUGUACGAGAACUUAUUAUAGAAAGCAUCCAGUUGCCACUUCUCUAUCCAGAAUUUUAUGGAAACACUUCACAGGUUCGACGUCGUUCCGGUUUGCUUUUUUAUGGUCCACCGGGUACAGGCAAGACUUUACUUGCCAAAGCAAUUGCAAACGAAUGUGGUUGUAGUUUUCUAAGUGUGAAAGGUCCCGAGCUCAUGAAUAUGUAUGUUGGUGAAAGUGAAAAGAACAUCCGAGACAUUUUCUCCAAAGCUAGAGAGGCAUCACCUUGUGUUGUCUUUUUCGAUGAGUUGGAUAGUUUAGCUCCGAUGCGCGGUCAGAGUUCUGAUGGUGGCGGUGUGAUGGACAGAGUGGUUAGCCAAUUGCUAACAGAAAUGGAUGAUUUGCACAGUAAUGGAAAGACAAAAGAAAAGGGCUCAUCAUCAUCUCUAGGUGUCAUCGUGGUCGGUGCCACCAAUCGUCCUGAUUUGUUAGACUCUGCCCUAUUAAGACCUGGAAGAUUUGACAAGCUUAUCUAUGUGGGCUCACCUGAGACAAGAGAAGCCCGUUUCGAAGUUUUAUCUGCUUUGACUCGAAAGUUUAUUAUGUCUGAUGACGUAGAUUUGAUGACAAUAGCAAAUUAUUGCCCAAAGAUUGUCAGUGGAGCGGAUCUGUACGGACUUUGUGCAGAUGCGUGGUUGUUUGCAGCUAAGAGAACAAUUCGAAUUCAUGAACAGUAUUCACAAAAGUCUGCCUCAUCGAACGAGGGACUUGAAGUGAUAGUAUGCCAACAGGACUUUUUGGAUGCUAAUGCACGUCUCAGCCCAUCACUUUCGGAAGAAAUGCUUUUACACUACAAACAACUUGUAAAGCGCUUUUCAUCGACGGAAUAAGAGUCAUCAAAGGUGAACCAGUCCUCGAUCCAACUCUAUGGCCGUUUGAAUAUGAUGGAGUUUUUAUCUCUCUCGAUCUCACUUCACAAUUUGUCUCGAACUUUUAGAACAUAAUGACUAGUUGUAUUUUUCAUUUUGACUUGCGGGAAUAUUGCACUUUAUUUUUAUGGAAACAGUUUGAGAACAUCGUUUCAAAUAGGGCUCUCUUACAAGCGUUAAGAUAGACUAGGUCCAAUGAUAUUCUUAUGUUUAUAGUGCAGCGAGUGCAUCGACGCAAAAAGCACAAUGGCAGUUGAGGUACACAAAAGAAUUGUAUCUUAUCAUCAUUUUGAGGUGAAACCAAAUUGAAUGAAACCGUCGCUACUCUCAAGUUGUAGUUUUUUCUCGAUUAUUUUAUAGCGUUUUUUUGUUGGUUUUGUUCGUAAAUAGGUAAGUUGCAGAUAUUCUUCUUGUUCUUAUUAUCGUGAACAAAUGAUGAUUGGGUAUUGGUCCGUGUUUAUGAACGAGCAAGAGUUCUUGAACAGAGCAAAUCCCCGUUUUCUGAUGCAUUCCAUAAUACUCCUUUUUUUUGGGUAGCUUCUGACUUGCUGUUUUUGUUUCAGGGGGCCACUUUGUUGUAUAGAUUCUUGUUAUUAAAAUACAAAACGGUCAC